AUGGAUAUGAACUUUUCGUACAAUGACGAGUUUUUCAAUUCAUCUGAUGAAGAUAAUCAUGAUGAUUUUGAUGCCGAAUCAGCAAUAUCUCCAACUAUUCGUUUUUGGAUACUUCUUAUUUCUUCUAUACCAUCAAUUAUAUGUUCAUUAUUGGUUCUUUGUCUUUUACUUAGUCAUCAAGAGCAUCGUCGUACAUUAAAUCAUCGUGUUGUCAUUAUUCAAUUGAUUGGUGAACUUAUCUACUUGCUUACACAUUUUCCUAUAUAUAUAAAUUAUCUUCGGUUGGGUUAUGUUUGGCCUCAAACACCAGCCAUGUGUCAUCUAUGGUGGUUUGUAGGUGAUGGUUUUUCUGACACAAUGACAAUUCUUAUGGCUUGGGCUUCAUUUGAAAGGCAUAUCUUAAUAUUUCAUGAUCAAUGGGUAUCAACUACUAGAAAAAGAUUUUUUGCUCAUUAUUUACCGGUAACAUUAAUUAUCACUUACUGUCCUAUUUACUAUUUGAUCGUUAUGGUAUUUCCACCAUGUGAAAACAUAUAUGAUUACAAUGAAAAAUUAUGUUCAUCGUCAUGUUUAUAUCAAAAUAUAGUUUUAUUACUGUAUGAUGCCAUUAUUAACGAUAUUUUGGCUACUAUACUUGUUGCAACAUUUAGUAUAUCAUUAAUUAUUCGUGUUCUUUGGCAUAAUCAUAUUCGUUAUCAUCGACAAAUUCAAUGGCGUAAGCAUCGAAAAAUAAUUAUAAUACUUAUGUCAAUAUCAACGAUUUAUCUUGCUUUUAAUUUACCUAUGAUGAUUUUAGAUUUUGCACAAAUAUGUGGUCUAUCUCAAGAUAUUGUAGAUCAUUUUGAACCAUAUUUUGAGUUUUUAAAUUAUUUUAUUUUUAUUUUUUAUCCAUUUAUUUGUCUUGGUACUAUGUUAACAAAAUUUCGAAGACCACGAGGAUUAGUUGGAACAAUACCAAUGACGGUGAUACCAAGAUCAAAAUCACAAAUGCCACAAGCUCAACAAUUGUAUUAA